AUGACACCGCGAGCCGAAGCGGCGCGCUUUGCUGCGCCUUCCGGCGGCCGGCUGACGGCGGAGAUGGUGCAGGCCUUUGAACGCGACGGCUUUCUGGUGCUGGAGGACAUGGUGCCUCAGGCAGACUGCGAAGCCCUGAUCGCCCGCGCCGAGGCCAUGGUAGAGGAUUUCCAGCCGGCCAGCGUCGCUUCGAUCUUUUCGACCCAGGGCCAGGUCCAUGGCCGCGACCGCUACUUCCAGGACUCCGGCGACAAGGUCCGCUUCUUCUUUGAAGAGGAGGCCUUCGACGCCGCGGGCGCGCUGCGCCAGGCCAAGCGGCUGUCGAUCAACAAGAUCGGCCAUGCCCAGCACGAUCUCGAUCCCGUCUUCGCCGCGUUUUCGCACCGCCGCGCUUUCGACAACACCGUCAAGGCGCUGGGCUGUGCCUGCCCCCUGGCGCUGCAGUCGAUGUACAUCUUCAAGCAGCCGCGCAUUGGCGGCGAGGUCGGCUGGCAUCAGGAUUCGACCUUCCUCUAUACCGAGCCCCUGAGCGUGCUCGGCCUAUGGUUCUCGCUGGAAGACGCCACGCUGGAGAACGGCUGCCUCUGGGCGCUGCCGGGUGCCCACAAGGGUCCGCUGCGCCAGCGCUGGCGCCGCGUUGGUGAGCGUCUGGUGAUGGAAUCCCUGGACGAGACACUCUGGGACGAGGAGACGGCGGUGCCGCUGGAGGUGCGCCGGGGCGCCAUGGUGGUGCUGCACGGCAAGCUGCCCCACGGCAGCCUGCCCAACCGCUCCGAGCGCUCGCGCCACGCCUAUACCCUGCAUGUGAUCGACGGGGCCUGCGACUAUCCGGCGGACAACUGGCUGCAGCGCAGCCCGGCGCUGCCGCUGCGCGGUCUCACCGCCGGCGGCGUGCAGAUUGCUUUUGGAUUGGAGAAGAAGAUGACUCUUUCUCGCAGCCUCCGGCAGUGCGUUUUCACCGCGGCUCUCAUAGCCUCGGCCUUUCUGAUCCCGGCCCUUCCCGCAGCCGCGGAACCGGUCACGGUCAGCCUCAUGCACAUCAACGAUCUCGACCGCAUCGAGGAAUCCAAGGGCAAGGGCGGCAUAGCCCGGGUCAUGGCCCUGGUGCAGCAGGAACGCGCCCGCGCCGACACCGUGAUCUUCACCCACGGCGGCGACACCAUCUCGCCCUCGCUGCUGUCCUCCUUCGACAAGGGUGCCCACAUGAUCGACCUCUACAACGAGGCCGAACUGGACCUGCUGGUGAUGGGCAACCACGAGUUCGACUUCGGUCCCGAGGUGGCCAAGCAGCGGGUAAGCGAAGCCCGCUUCACCGUGCUGGCCAGCAACAGCCGCGACAGCGACGGCGAGCCGCUGGACGGCACCGCCGCCACCUGGAUGGCCGAAGCCGGGCCCUACAAGAUCGGCUUCUUCGGCCUGACGACGCCGGAGACCGCGGACAUCUCCAGCCCCGGCACGGUGACCUUCGAACCGCUGCUGCAGUCGGCCCGCGACUACUCCCAGCAACUGCGCGAUGAGGGCGCGGACCUGGUGGUGGCCGUGGCCCACACCGGCGUCGAGGAGGAUCUCAUGCUGAUGCGUGCCGACAGCGGCAUCGACAUUCUGAUGUCCGGCCACGACCACCUGCUGGUGACCUACUACGACGGCCAGCGUGCCUUCAUCGAGUCCGGAUCGCAGGGCGAGCAACUCGUUGUGGUCGAUGUGACCCUCAACACGGUGGAAAGCCGCGGGCAGCAACGUUUCGUCUGGGAGCCGGCCUUCCGUAUCGUCGACAGCCGCAGUGUCGAGCCCGAUGCGGCCAUGGCGGCCAAGGUGCAGGUCUACCUCGACCGUUUGAGCGAGGAGCUGGACGUGCCCAUCGGCACUGCGCUGACCGCCCUCGACAGCCGGCGCGCCUCCGUACGCGGCGGCGAGACGGCCAUCGGCAACCUCAUCACCGAUGCCAUGCGACAAGGCGUCGAGGCCGACGUGGCGCUCACCAACGGCGGCGGCAUCCGCGGCGACAAGACCUACGACGCCGGCAUCACCCUGACCCGCCGCGACAUCCAGACCGAGCUGCCCUUCGGCAACAAGACCGUGAAGCUGGAGCUGACGGGCGCGCAGUUGAUGCAGGCCCUGGAGCACGGCUUCAGCAAGGUGGAGGAGGGGGCCGGGCGCUUUCCCAGCGUCUCCGGCAUGACCGUGACCUGGAGCCGUUCGGCCCCGGCGGGUCAGCGUGUGCGCUCCGUCACCGUCGGCGGCAAGCUUCUGGACCCGGAGGCGAGCUACACCCUGGCGACCAACGACUUCGUCGCGCGCGGCGGCGACGGCUAUGCCGUCUUUACCGAGGCGGUGCCGCUGAUCGACGGCAUCUCCGCGCGUCUGAUGGCGACCAUGGUGAUGGACUUCGUCGCCGCCACCGGCGAGGUCUCCCCCAAGGUGGAGGGCCGGGCCGGUGCGAAUCGAACGAUGAUCGAAACGCUCGCCUUCGAUGCCGACGAUACGCUCUGGCACAACGAGCACCUGUUUCAGGAUACGCAGGAGAAGCUUGCGGAAAUCGUCGGCCGCCACCGCCCGGGGGAGGACAUCGCCGAAGCCCUCUAUGCCGUGGAGAUGCGCAACCUCGCGCUUUUCGGUUACGGCAUCAAGGGCUUCACCCUCUCCAUGGUGGAGGCGGCCAUCGAGUUGACGCGCGGGCGCAUCGCAGCGGACGAGAUCCACGAGAUCGUGCAGCUCGGUAAGACGAUGAUGACCGCGCCGGUCGACCUGCUGGAGGGUGUGGAGGCGGUGCUGGACGCUGUCUCCGGACGCUACCGCACGCUGCUCAUCACCAAGGGCGACAUGGUGGACCAGACCAGCAAGAUCGAACGCUCCGGCCUCGCCGGUCACUUCGAUCAGGUGGAGAUCGUGCCGCGCAAGGACGCGGCGACCUAUCGCCGGGUCUUCGACCGUCACGGCGUCGAUGCGUUGCGCACCGUGAUGGUCGGCAACUCCGUGCCGUCGGACGUGCUGCCGGUGCUGGAACUCGGCGGCUUCGCCGUCCACGUGCCCUAUGCCAUCCUCUGGGCUCACGAGGCCCAUGAUGCCGACCCCGUCAGCGAACGAUUCCACCGCCUGGAACGGCUGGAGGACCUUCCGAGGCUCUUGCAGCGGCUCGGGGAAAUCGACCUGCUGCGGGCCGAAAUGACCGGGGUCAGCGAGGCCCGCCAUGCCGAUAUCCCGGUGCUGAAGGGCGAUUUCAAAGGCACCGAAAUCGCGCUGGCGCGCUGCGGCAUCGGCAAGGUGAACGCCGCCAUCUGCACGCAGAUGCUGGUCAACCUCUACGAGCCCGAUGCCCUCGUGUUCAGCGGCGUCGCCGGCGGUCUGCUGCCCAAUAUGCGGGUCGGCGACCUGGUGAUCGCCAGCCACCUCAUCCAGUUCGACAUCGACCUGACCGCUUUCGGCCGGCGCCACGGCGAACUGCCCGAUGGGGACCGCAUGAUCCAGUCGGACCCCGACCUGAUCGAAAAGACCGCCGAUGCCUUCGACGGUGCGUUCAAUGGCGCAGAGGCCGAGCCCAACCUGAUGAUCGGCACCGUCGUCUCCGGUGACCGCUUCGUCGAGGAUUCCAAGACCCUGCGCUGGCUGCAGCGGGAGUUCGGCGCCCUGGCGACGGAGAUGGAGGGCGCCGCCGUCGGCUACACCUGCCAGCUCAACAAGCUGCCUUUCGUCGUGGUGCGCGGCCUCUCCGACACCGCCAACGAAGCCGCGCCGGACGAUUUCAAGGCCAACCUGGAAACCGUCUGCCGCAACUCCUACCGGCUCAUGGUGCAGGGCCUGAGUCGGUACGGUCUUGCCGUCGAGCGCCUCCAGCGCUUUUCCGAGGCGUCGGGCCUCCUCCGGACGCCGCGCCCCUACGCAGGGGAAGAAGCCGCAACGGCCGAGGGACCGCGCCGCGAAGCCGUCUGCGGUCUUGGUAGCGAGGAGGAAGAAGCCCCAGCCGUUCCCGCCGGUCAGGGGCAGCAGCAGGCGGCCGCCGGGGACGAGCCGGUCGAGCCAGGCACGCGCCGGAUAGGUGGCGCCGGCGAAGGCGAUGACCACAUCAGCGGACGGCCCGCCGGUCACUUCCACGCCGUUCCCCGGGACGACGGAGGCCUGCGGCCAGAGGGCGAGGGCCGCCUUGGCGCGAACGGCGGUAUAGUAUCCGGUGCCCGCGCCCACCUGGACGACCCGCUCACCGGCCUUGAGGUCGAGCUGAUCGAAGACGUAGGCCCAGAGCGAGGGCUGCCCGUUGUUCAGGUCGCGCGCCUCGUCGAUGACCACCAGCACAUCGUGGUAGAGCGCGCGGGGAUCGGCAUCGGGCGUCUCGAAGGCCGGCGCGCCGCGCCGGUCCUCCGCAUACCACCGCCGCGCGGCUUCGAUGUCAUCCGUCAUCCCUGGCUCCUUGUUGCGGUCCGGUCCCGGAUCGUGAAGCAUCUUCCCCUUCCGGCUGUCGACAAUAGCAUUGGCGGGCAUCGGUUGCCGUGCUAUGCGGCGGACAUGCUUGCCAGCCUGCCUGAUAUCUCCUCCCUUACAAUCCUUCUUCUCGGCGCCCUGACCGCGGGUUUCGUGACCGGAUUUGCCGGCUUCGGCACCGGACUGGUGGCCUCGGGGUUCUGGUUCCAUGUGCUGCCGGCGGCCACGGUGCCGCCUCUGGUGGUGAUGGCCUCGGUGGCGGCGCAGCUCGUCAGCCUCAUCGGCCUCAGGCCCCGCUUCGACUGGCCCCAGGCGGCGCCCUAUCUGAUCGGCGGCAUCCUCGGCGUGCCGCUGGGCGUGAUGGCCCUGGCGGCGGCCUCGCCGGACCUGCUGCGCACGGCGGUGGGCAUCUUUCUGGUGCUCUAUGCCCUGGUGCAGUUCUCCGGCCUCCUGCGCCUGCAGAUCGGCGGCUGGGGCGGGCGCUCCUCCGAUGCCGCGGUCGGCAUCGGCGGCGGCAUCAUGGGCGGCUUCGCCGGCCUUUCCGGGCCGCUGCCGCUGAUCUGGCUGCAGCUGCGCGGUGGACCUGCCACCGGCCAGCGCGCUGUCUACCAGCCCUUCAAUCUCAUCGUGCUGGCCACCGCCUCCGCCGGCAUGGCCCUCGGCGGCCAGGUCGACACCGCGGUGCUGACGGCGCUCUUGUUCUCGGUGCCGGCCACGGUGGUGGGCGCCUGGACGGGCGCGCGGCUCUACCACAAGGCAGUCAGAGGGAGAGCCAUGCGGCACAACGGUGGAUGUCACUGCGGGGCCAUUGAGGUCACCUUCGAAAGCGCGAUCGCGCCGGAGGCGAUGGAGGUGCGGGCCUGCCAGUGCAGCUUCUGCCGCAAGCAUGCGUCGCUGGCCGUCUCCGACCCUGCCGGCCAUCUCCGCAUCACCCUGCGCGACCCCACCGCCGUCCAGCGUUACCGCUUUGGGUUGUCCACUGCAGAUUACUUCCUCUGCCGGCGCUGCGGGGUCUACGUGGCCGCGAUCCUGGAGGAGGCGGGGCAACACUAUGCCAUCGUCAUCGUCAACGCGCUGGAGGAGGCCGGGCGCUUCAGCCAGCCGCCGCUUGCCGCCGACUACUCCCACGAAGACGAAGCGGCUGCCGUGGCCCGGCCGCGCGAGUUCGACAAGGAAGAGGUGGUGGCGGCGGCCCUGGGGGUGUUCUGGCGCCAGGGCUAUCAGGCCACCAGCGUGCAGGACCUGGUGGAGGCCACCGGCGUCAACCGCGGCUCCCUCUACGAUACCUUCGGCGACAAGCACGGCCUCUUUCUGGAAGCGGUGGAGCACUACCGCCGCCGCUUCACCGGGCGUCGCCUGAGGCGCCUGGAAGAGCCGGGUCCGCUGCGCCCGAAGCUGGCCGCCUUCUUUGGCGACGUGGUCGAGUUUUCGGUCGGGGAAGGCCGGCUGCUCGGCUGCCUGAUGACCAAUGCCGCCAUCGAGAUGGCGCCGCACGACCGCGAGACGGCGCUGGCCGUCGCCGCCAACAUGGGCAGCAUGGAAAGCGCAUUCCGCCGUGCCCUCACCGCCGCGCAGAAGAACGGGGAGCUUUCAGCCGACAAGUCGCCGCGCGACCUCGCGCGCUUCCUGACUGCAACCGCCAACGGCCUGCGCGUCAUGGCCAAGGUGGCGCCGGAACGGGCGGCCUUGAAGAGCGUCGUACGCAUCGCGCUGCAGGCGCUCGAUUGA